UCUACUCAGUGAGAGGACAGCACACGACUCAACCAGUCACCUCCUCUCUUGUUCACUCCUGUUUAAGGCUCUACUCUGGCAAUAUGGUUACAACAGGAUACACCACAAGCUGCUCACCUUUCUGGAACGAUUAAACACUCCAUUAAGGAGAAAGAAGAUCACUCAGCACUUAGGUAUGAGGUGUGCUUGAAUAAACCAGAGAGGAGUUAUUUUGUUCCUUUUAUCACUGAAGGCUAAAGUUGAGGACGUCCAAGAUGAGUCUUAAGAAGAGGAAACCGAGCAUGGUGUUCAGCUGGCACAAGUCCUUUGCCAUUCUCGCUCCAUGGAGAAAAGGUAAAGGGGACAUGGUUCUAGAGAAUGAGGUCAUACUGACAAAGAUGAAGUUCCUCAACAACUUCCCUGAGAAAAUCCUAAACGUGGAGGAUUCCAUAUCGGCCAUCUCCAUUUCAAUGUCUGAGCAAGAUAACACAGAGUCUCUUCAGGUUGAUGAGGUUGACAGUGCUGCUCCUGAGCUAACCUUACCUGAAUCAAAAACAGACUACCUUUCCACAAUUUUUACAGAUUCUGAACUCCCAAGAUUGUACAAAUUUGAAUCUGAGGACUCUGGGGUAGAGAUGACUAGCGGAGCAACAUCUCCAUCCACCCCUACAGGUUCAGAACAAAGCUUUGUCGUCCACAGUAGAGAGUCUUCAUGUGACUAUGGUAAUCUAAACUCUACUGUACCCAGCAACAGUGCUCUUGAAGAAACAUUUGACUCUUUGGAAACAGCACAAACUUCUUGUAAAUGUGCUGGACAAGAUACUUUUGCCAUUCUUGAUGACAUAAACGAGGAUGUGAAUGUUGAUUUAAUGGACAUCAGAGCAAAUUCAAAGAGGACUGAGGACAGAACCUUGAGGAACACCGAGGAAAACUGCAAGGAUGACAUAGAGAUCACAGAAGCACAAGAGGAAAUAACAGAGGCUGCAAUGGUUGAAGACACAAAGGGAACUGUAGAAGAUUAUGAUGGAAAUGCGGGACCUGAAUUUCAACAUCAGCGUUUGAGGAAAAGUACAACAAGUGACAGUCUGGAUGAGUACAUGGAGGAAUGCUGCAGGCUAAGUGAGGUAAACCAGGCAAAUCAAUCCAAUCCACUCGGGUCUGGACUGGGGUACCUGGAGCACAUCUGCCAGCUCAUAGAGAAGAUCGGGCAACUACAGGAACACAAUCUCAGACUACAGAGACAGAUCUGUGGCCUGCAAAAGGAAGGAAGAGUUAUCAAGACUAAAGAGGACUUUUUUCUGCAGCAAUGUAGCUGUGGAGCAGCUGGUCUGGCUUUCCAGGAACUAAAGAGACACUUUCGUAGUGACCACCACAGCCUGACGGCAUCAAGCAGCACUCUGUCCGACCUCAGCACAAUCCCUGAGGUCACGCGCAUCCCCCUCAGGGGGGCGACGAGAGACUCGGAGAUGGGCUACCAGCCCCUUUGGAGGCGGGGUUUAAACAGGAGGAGCUACACAGAGGGAGAGGCCAAGUACUUGAGUGACAGUGCUGAGGUUCUCUCUGCACCUCACAGACGGUUAAGUGAGAACUAUACUUGGGGCCGAGUUAAAGAACUGGUAAAGAAAACCAAACUGAGGAACCAGAGCAGAUUGGGACUGUCUUCGGGAUCCUUGAAGAGAUCGUGUCCACAGCUUUACCGGCCAGAUAUGAUGUCAUCAGAGCGGCCCAGGAUAAACAGGAACUCAAUGAUCACUCUGGGACAUCAGAAGGUGGACUAUCUGUGGCCCCAGUAGCACUAAUCAGACACUGAGCAGAUGGUCUGCAGUGGAGAUACUUUUUCAUGAAAGGACAAAGCGAGGAAUUUUGCAGUCCAGCUUGGAAAUGCAAACUGAAAGCGAAACAGAUGCAACAAAGAUGAAAAAGGAUUGAGUCUUGAUAAUAGAACUGUUGGUUUUGCUUGUACAUGAUACUAGAGGGGAUGUUUAUAUGUCGAUGGAUGUGUUAAGUUGAUCUGUUGAUGGAGCUCAAAUGUGUAAUAUGACUUGAAAUGUGCAUUUAAGAAUAUGAACUCAGAAUAAUGGUAUAUGCGGAUAAUAAUAAUAAUGUAUAGUCUAAUGUACAUUUCUUUCCAGAACAAUUUACAAUACGCUCUAAUUGUAAAAUAUUUGUAAAGAACAAAAAUUACAAAUGUUGAAUAUGCAUGCUACUGUUGCUGUUUAUCUAUCAUACAGGUAUUUCCUAAAGAGGAAUGUGUAACUUUUAUGCCACUAUUAUAAGAGUUCACUUGUGUAUGUAUAUAUCUUGUAUGUGACAAAUAUGUGAAUCCACAAGAUAUGAAACACAUGUACAGAUGAGAGUGGAAAACUCCCACGCCUGAAUUCCUAUGUCCACAUACAGUACAUACGCAUGGCUCGAAUGAUGCGCCUAAUGAUAACACUUUAAUGACUUAUGGCAUCUCAUCUGCAGAUGUUAUAUAAUGUUUGUGACCUUUCACCUCUCUCAAAGCUGAGGAAUGUGUAUGAACGUGUAAAAUGAUCCUUAGAUAUGAAAUUUUGCAGGCUUUACACAUUACGUGCCUGCAAUAUGUUACUUCUCUCCUGAUUAAAAGUGUGCAGCGAUCGGACCUAACCAAAAGUUUCCUAACGGUUUAGUGUAAACAAAUCUGCUAUGGCUGUUUUGUAUAAAAAUAACUAUGAAAUAUAAAAGCCUGUUACUUUUAAACUUGAAAAUUUCAGACAUCAAUUUAAAAAAUAAUAUCAGAAUCCUAAAUUCAACAUGUAACCACUCACCCAACGUAUAGACCAGUGUUGCAACAUUUUUCCUUGUUCAAAGCUGAGUGACGUACUACAAUUCAGAUUCGAUCGACUUAUCAGGCUGUUUUGCAGACCACCUGCAGAAAUCUUUCACACGAAACAUGCAUUGAUUUUCCAGUUAAAAAGAAUAAACUUUGCCAUCAUGAUAGUGUUUGACCUAAACACAAUGUAUGCUUGAUGUUCUGUUUCAUGAAGCAAUAACUGUUCUGUGUCUAUUGAGUAAAAUGUGUGUAAAAAUGGAUGAGUGCUGCUGAUGAAUGGCAGAUUUUGUCUGGUUAAGGACAGAAGACAACAGGCUUGUACUUAUGUUGUGCAUUGCAGCGUACCAAAUCGACAGAAUAAUUCAAUAUGCAUAUUGCAUUGUUAUUCAAAGUUAUUUUUUAAUAAAUGAAACAUGAUAUUUCUAAA